AUGAGAUUCGAUUUUGAGCAACAGCAGACGCCGCCUCUGCCGAGUGCCAGCAGAUGCUUCUACAACUGCCCGUGCUUUUGUUGUCGUCAGGGAUGCUGUGUCGUGGUCGUGGGCUGCUGCUCCUGCCUCAGCCUAAACUGCAGUACAGGCUCCGGGUCCAGCUCCAGCUCCAGUUCCAGAUCGAGCCACUGCCCGCCCCUUAUGGCACGCAAGAAGGUCCCGAUUCCUCUUCUCGGCUGGUUCAUGGGGAUAUCAAAGCUUUUGGGCACAGCAGCUGCAUUCGCUCGCUGGACCACAGCACUGGCCACUCUGCUUACAAGCUGCAUCAUUUUGGAACUAGACGGUGGCAUCCAACAGUCGACAUCCAGUGACAGUCGAUCCAACAACAAGCCAGUGUCCGUGACAGUGCCGACAUCCACGGCCACCAAACUGAAGGUGCAAAUGCUCUACGGACACGUCUCCUACGAUAUGGCCAACAACCAGCAGCUAAAGUCCAACAAUCUGUGCAAAAUGUUCUGCAAUAGUCGCAGGCGCCAGCGUCAGUGUCCCACAUUAAAAGCGUUCAAGUUCAAGGUAAUCAACGACUCUGACCAAGGAUCAGAAUUGAGUCCAGUGUGGAUGCGGAGCACAGCUGACACUGAUGUAGAUGUGGGUGUCUCAUCGCUGAAGGACUUGGUGUCUUCGUGGCCCGUGUCGACGAAUGGAACCACCAUUCGCCACUGUGCUAAGAACAAGCGCAAUCGGGCCAAUCUCGUUUGGCUUCUAAUUGGACUUGUCUGGCUCGAGGUGAAGCUAAUCAACUGCAAUGCCAUUGGAAGUGGUGGUGGCAGUGGCUACAUCUCCAAUAUCGUGGCCCACAGGGGCUGUACAAUGUGCCACGAGGAGGGUAAAGGCAACUUCUACAGCGAUAAAGAUAAUCCCCACACAGACUACAACAACAACAACAACAAUAAUAAUAAUAACAACAACAACAAGUACAAUAACAACAAUUACUACUACAAAAAAACUAACCGAAACCAUUACAAUAUCGCACCAAGCGACCGUGUUCGCCUGGAGUCAAUAAAGCGGCAAAUUCUGACGAAGCUCGGCCUCACACAGAAGCCCAACGUAUCGCAUCCGCUGCCAAAGCAAUUCAUUUGGGAGACAAUAAACCGAGCCGAUGGCGGUGGGAUGGUGGCCAAUGAUGGCUUCAAUAAAGGAAACAACGGCUUCGAAUUCGAUGGUCACGAUCAUAUGCACGAGCAGGGCGUCCAAACUCGACAUAUGCAUUCCGAUGAUAGCUACCUGGAAUCGAGUGAAUUAAACACUUUCGGCACAUUCCAACGGAAUCGAAGUGUACCCCAAACCAGACAUGCUGCUGAAGAGUUGAAUCAAAUAAGUCCAGAAGAUUGGCCAGAGGUGCAACAGCUCCAUUACAGGAGCUAUCACUCGCACAAUCAAGCCGAUGAGACUUCACGGACUGCGAACCGGCAGAGAAACCACGAGAGCCAAAACCGUAACCGAAAGAUCAAUUCGAAUGCGUACAGUAAAUCAACAUAUCUGAUAGAUAUAAAUCGUAGUAGUGAUAGUAGCAUCAAUAGGGGCAUUCAUGGCAGCAUUGGACCCAAUGAUUAUGUAUAUUUUAACGAUUACAGUGGUUCCAGUAGCAGCAGCCCCACUCCCAGCCAAAGUUCAAGCCGCAGGCCCAUGAAUGUGCUCAACAAUGGCAACGGCAUCCCCAUGCCCGAACAGGAUCUCUCCGAUCGCGAAGACUUUUUUGGAAACACUCAGGAAAUAAUCACCUUUGCUGAAGAAGGAACGCAAUAUCGAAAGUAUCGCAUAGUGGAAUUCGCACCACAACGGACCCGUGUUCCUAAUCAAAGGCUUUCCAUACGCAGUGCCGAACUCCACAUCCGAGUUGACAAACAACGAACUGGAGGAGCCAGUGGAAAGUCGAGGGCCAGACUCCAGGUACAACUUAAUGUCAACAGUAAACGAAAAAUGGGGGCCCCCUAUGUACCACCCCAGCAGCGAAUUAAGAUCUGGGUUUUCCAGUUGUCAGCAGGCAUCAAUAUCACUGAAAAGGGUACUGACCAGCCAUUUCUUUUCCGCACCUCGUUCGAGGUCAACACUAAGCACAUGGGGUGGCAAAAAUUUGAUUUGACCGAGACGAUACGAGAAUGGUACAGCGAGGGCAGCACGGGCAGUGAUGAAAAUCUGAGACUGCUGAUUGACUGCACGGGAUGUGGUAACCAUUACUCGCUGCACUUGUCAUCAACGAAGAUGAAAACACGAACAAAGAGCGGCGAUGCGAAUCUGAACCCAUAUCGACCGUUUCUUGUGAUUCACACUGAGUCAACGAGAACUCGCCGCGUGAGAAGGCGGGCAGUGGAUUGUGGCGGAGCUUUGAGUGGCCAAUGCUGCAAGGAGUCUUUUUAUGUGUCCUUCAAGGCGCUCGGAUGGGAUGACUGGAUCAUUGCACCACGAGGAUACUUUGCCAACUAUUGCAGGGGAGACUGCACGGGUCCGUUUCGAACGCCCGAUACAUUUCAGACCUUCCACGCCCACUUCAUUGAAGAGUAUCGUAAAAUGGGCCUCUUGAAUGGCAUGCGACCGUGCUGUGCGCCAGUCAAGUUCUCCAGCAUGUCGCUAAUAUACUAUGGAGAUGAUGGUAUAAUCAAGCGGGACUUGCCCAAAAUGGUUGUCGACGAAUGCGGCUGCCCAUAACGCGAACACGAAGGAAUGCAGUGCGGGGGUUUAACAAUAAGAAACAUAAGAAUAAGUAUUUUAAUUUCUAUUGGCUCCACGGAGGUUUCCAGUUCAUCACUAAUAGUUAUACAGAAUAGGCGGAAAUCAUGAUCUAAUUUUCAACACUGAAUCGGUCUAAGCAAUCGAUAGCUUUUUAAGCAAUUGUUGUUACUUGGUUACAUUAUUAACCCAUUAACCUGCUUCACUGAAAUCAAAUGAGAAACACAAGUGCCUUGUUAGCGCGGGUAGUGGUAGGAAAUAAUUUGGAAAUCUACAUUUUCGGUGUUCGUAUGGAAACAAGUAGGUUUACCUCGCCUACGAAAAAUCUCAGUUUUCAGUUAAUUAAUCCUGAACCUCUGCGGAGACACUUAAAUGAUAAAUUUAAUGCGUAUUUUGCCAAUUGUUGUAUUCAAUUAAUAUGUAUAACCAAGAUGAAUAAUUAUGAAGAUAAUGAUGAAGAUGAUGAUGGAUUCGAGAAGAAGUCGAAAUGUGGCCAAAAGUUGAGCAACUAAUUGGUGAUAUUUCUACUUAUGGUUAAAACCUUUAAAGUAUUCGAGUUUCCGUCCGGUAAAUUUAGUUUAAAAAACUCGAAAAAUGAAUCAAAUUACUGGCAUUGCCAUUGACUCAGACCAGUAUCCCAAUAAUAGUAAAAAUAGAUUUUCAUAGAUACAUGCAGAUUGCCAAUAAUUCCAAUCGGUAGUCGAAUUAUUCGUACUCGAAAUGUUUUCGAAUAUUGUCACGGCGCAUAGCGAAGGUGUGUGUAUUGAUAUGAACUUUUCUCAUUCCCAUAGUUUAGUUUCAAUUGCAUUGUAAAACUAAAUCUAGAAGUAUGACGACAAUAUAUUUACUAUCUAUCUCUAUCUUAUUCGAAAUUACAAAAGUGCCUAAAAUAACAAUGCAUACAAAGUUAUACAUAAUAAAUAAAGCUAUCUACAACGCAAAGAAGCUUGCAUACCCUGCAAAUACAGUUGCAGAUACAGUUAUCUUAAAAAACACAAAACAAUAAAACUACAUUGACAAUUAAAUCAUAAAAAAA